GGUGAGAUCCUGGGAGCUUUUGCCUCUGAUGGCGUUUGUAACCCAGCAUCAGAUCCAAAAGUUCCGCAAGGAUGGCUUCCUUGUCCUAGAGCAUUUUUUCACCGCCGAGGAGUGUGACAGCAUGAGGAACCAGAUUCAGAGAAUCAUAGCGGAGAUGGAAGUGCCACCGCACUGCCGCACCGAGUUCUCCACCAAGGAAGAGGAGCAGCUCCAGGCGCAGGGUAGCUCGGAUUAUUUCCUAACCAGUGGAGACAAGAUUAGAUUCUUCUUUGAGAAAGGCGUUUUGGAUGAGAGAGGUAACUUUCUAAUUCCAAAGGAGAAAUCCAUCAGCAAGAUUGGCCACGCUUUACAUGCUUAUGAUCCUGUCUUCAAGCAAAUCACCCACUGCUCCAAGGUGCAGGAAUUGGGAAGAAAACUAGGCCUUGAGAGACCAGUAGUUGUGCAAAGCAUGUAUAUUUUCAAGCAACCUGGCAUUGGUGGUGAAGUGACCCCGCACCAGGAUGCCACCUUCCUGCACACGGAGCCUUUGGGCAGAAUCCUGGGGUUCUGGAUUGCCCUGGAGGAUGCCACGCGGGAGAACGGCUGCUUGUGGUUCAUUCCCGGCUCCCACACCAGUGGAAUUACCCGAAGAAUGGUCCGUGCAGCUCCAGGUACCUCAACAUGUGUAGAGUUUGUAGGGUCAGAGCCAGCCUACGAUGACAGCCAGUUCAUACCUCUGCCUAUAAGUAAAGGUGGACUCAUUCUCAUCCAUGGUGAAGUCGUCCAUAAAAGUGAACUGAACAGCUCGGAGUCUUCUCGCCAUGUGUUCACCUUCCAUGUGAUGGAAGCCAAAGACACCAGCUGGAGCAAAGAGAACUGGCUCCAGCCAACUCCCGAACUGCCUUUUCCAUCACUCUACACUUGAAGUUAGUGAUUGGCUUCUGGAGUCAACAGCUGAUCAAUAUCCCUUUCUGAUCGUUUGUUCACGUUCCCUUUAAAUAGAACUUUCACUAGAUCAGCUCUCAAGAUUAAUUUAUCCUCUUCUCAGAACGAAGACCCUUGACACAGCCAAAUACACCUGCAUUUAGACAGAAGGUUCUACUACAGCAUGAGCCCUGCGACCAUGAGAAUAGUUGCCCAGUCCCUUUGGUAAGGAGACUUCUUCAGUCUUGAGAAUAGACCAUUAAAGACCAUUGCACCUUGACUGGGACCAGUUAAGAAAUAUUUCUUGCAGAUACUCUAUUUUCUUCUGUUUAAGUCAAGAGCCUGCCUAGUGCAUUUUUUGGCUGUGUUGAUCCCAGCAAUGCAGGUGAACAUGUCAUGUGAAGAUGGCUGAUUUUUACCCUUGUUUGAAUAAUAGUGAUUAAAAAUUAUCCUAUUCUGGGCAAAAUGAAGCAGGAAGUCUACUUUUGUAAUCAAACUUCUAAGUAUUUCAAGCAAACUGUAGCUGAGUGUUUGAUCUCUGGGCGUGUUGUUAAAAAAAUACUACAGUUCUUAAAGAUUCACGUUGAAAUUAUGAAAACAAACCCCAAUCAAACUCCUAACAUUUAAAUAAAAAAAUAGAAAUUC